GGAACAAAUACGAAAACAAAAGGAAGGAAAUAGUGAAAUAAAAAAUAAAAGAUUGCAAAAAGAAACCCAUAAGACCAUAUACUAGAUUACAGGGUUUCACCUGUGGUUUUCUUCUGUCAGUGGUUCUUUUCAACAUCGUCCUUUGCUUUGCUGCGAGAUUUGACGUCUAGACUCAAUGAGCGGAAUGAAGAAGGAGCCUGAGCCUGAGCCUGAGCCUAAGCAGACAUUCGUCAUCCCGAAAGCAGAAUUCAAGGCGCCUGUUUAUAAGCCAAGGCGUACCGGUGGAAUAAGAGUACUUUCUGACGGUACAUGGGUGCGGAAGGAAUGUACUAGGCAAGAAACGAAGGAGAUUAAAGCAAAAAUUGCUAGCCGUGAUGCAGCUGAGGAUGCGGAUGCCUUCUUAAAAGACGCUAAUCGGAAGAUGUCAGAACUCGGGUUUUCUGACAAGAGUAAUCUGGAAUCUGGUGUCAUGUCCUAUCCCUUGACUCUCAUGUUCCCUCAAAAAAAGACUCGCCAAAUAUCCAAUCAUUUGACUACGUAUACUUAUUAGACUGGUUUUUCCUUGUGUUAUACGCUAAAUAUAUGAAAACACACAGAAGAUGAAGUGAGCUAUACAAAAUACAAUGGAUGUAAAACAUAUUGAUAAUGCAAAAGAUUAGUAUAAGGAAAGAGAUUAGGAGAGAGAGAGAGAGACCAGAGAUCCCGGCAGUGCAGUAGACGUGGAUGAAGAUCCUGCCACCCAACUCCCAAGGCCCAAGAGAUGCCGAUGCUGGCGCAAGCUCUAUGAACUCAGCGAUGACUGCCUGUAGAAAGACCACUUCCCAAGCUCCCUCGCCUCGAGAAUCUCCACAGGCGGUGGUUCUUGGUAGUCCUUGCCGGAGAAUAUGUAGAAAGUAGAGACUAUCUGGACGAUAUGGGACCAUGUACUUAUGUUUCAGUGUGUAUGUUAAACUAAAAAUAAUUGAACCUUUUGUCUAAAGAAUAUCAUGGCUAAGGUCUUUGAGAUUAUACAUGCAUUAGUAUACAAAAUUUAAAC